AAGUAUUGACAUUCAUAUGCGGAAGAAGUUUUAAAGUGGAGAAAACAAUCGGGUGGAUCGACGAACGGUAACUUUAAAUAAAGUGUAGAAGAAACAAACGACGGUGUGAUAUUUGGUCUGUUCAGCUAACGUUUCUGGCAUCUCUGGUGGUCGUUUUCCACAUUAAAACAGUCAAGAUGGAGUUCCUUUUUGGAAAAAGAAAGACUCCGGAGGAGAUGCUCAGACAGAAUCAGAGAGCACUUAAUAGAGCAAUGAGAGAUCUAGACAGAGAACGCCAGAGACUGGAACAACAGGAAAAGAAAAUAAUUGCUGACAUUAAGAAAAUGGCCAAACAAGGACAGAUGGAUGCUGUGAAGAUCAUGGCCAAGGACUUGGUGCGCACAAGACGAUACGUCAAGAAAUUCAUCAUGAUGAAAGCCAAUAUUCAAGCUGUCAGCCUUAAAAUCCAAACCCUCAAAUCAAACAACAGCAUGGCGCAAGCUAUGAAAGGAGUCACCAAAGCUAUGGCCACCAUGAAUAGACAGUUGAAGUUGCCACAGAUUCAGAAGAUCAUGAUGGAGUUUGAGCGCCAAAGUGAAAUCAUGGACAUGAAGGAGGAGAUGAUGAAUGAUGCAAUUGAUGAUGCAAUGGGGGAUGAAGAUGAUGAAGAGGAGAGUGAUGCUGUGGUUUCUCAAGUUCUGGAUGAGCUGGGUUUGAAUCUUUCUGAUGAACUUUCAAACCUGCCUUCUACUGGAGGAAAUCUCUCGGUUGCGACUGGGAAGAAGGCUGAACCACAGGCUACGCUGGCAGAUGCUGAUGCUGACUUGGAGGAGAGGCUGAAUAACCUCAGGAGAGACUGAGAAUGAGAGGACUUUAGUAAAGGGUUUGAUUUGGAACUGUUUGCGGAAAGCUUGCUUCACUAAAAUGUAGACUGAUUCAAAAGAGGGAGGAUGUGAAUGCUGUUUUUUUUUCUUCCCGACAUUAGACGCUUUAAAUUUUUUUAAAAUUCCUUUUUGUUUUUCUGUCUCCUUUUAUGACGUGCUGUAGAAAUAUUACCAAACACCUUACCCAAAUGAAGAUGCAAUGCAUCAGACUGAUCUCAAGCCUUCUGUUUAGACAAAUCCUUUUUUGAAGGAGAUGAAAUCAACAAAAGAAUCUGUUACUCCGAGAUUCCAACUUGAUCUUUUGAGGAAAACUUAACACUAAAUAUUUCAUUAUUAUGAAAACCGGUUUAUCACACGUCAUCUUUUAAUUAUCAUAAACAUAGUUGCUGAUACUAAACUUUUAUAUAAAUAGUGCAAAAUGGAGUCAUUCCAGUUUUCAGUCUGUUCAUACAAGAGAAUUAUCUUUCAAAUACCUGUGCUAUUAUACGAUCAUGAUCUUCUAAUAAUAUAUUCAUCUUGAUCUUUUAGUAGUAAAUACCUACAUAUAAUAAAUUUGGUGGUUUAUGUCA